UAGUGAUGCUUUACUUUUUUCCCUGCCUUCUCUAAGAACUGUACUUCAUGGCAGUAGGACCUGUUGCACACCAAAGAUUUAUCAAGCAGCAAAAUCUAGAUGUAAAGUUCUAAUUUCGGUGUGGUAACAACAGCAGUAGCCAGCAGGACAGGAAGUGUGGAACAAGUCACCUCUCGCAGUGGAAAUAACCUACUAAUUGAAAGUAACUCGCACUUAACACUGUAUCUCAAAUCAGGUAGAAAAAUUACCAAAGAAGUUUGGCCAUGGCCAAAACUCACCGAUUACUCUUGUCAAUUUUCUUGUUUCUAUGGAUAAACGAAUAUACAAAAUGUUCGGCCAAUCUAAGACCAGUAUUUCAUGAUGAUGAUUGUAUGGAACCAAUUGCACUUGGAAUGGAAAGUGGAGGGAUACCUGAUAGUAGCAUCUGGGCAUCAACAUCAGGGAAAAAACGAUCUCCUGAAAUGGCUCGAUUAGGCCAUGCUUCUGGUGCUUGGUCUGCUAGUACUCCGAAUGGUGAACAAUUUCUGGCUAUUAACCUUGGUCAGCGUUAUAUCAUCACUGCUGUUGGUACACAAGGAAGGCAAGGUACUGAAGAGUAUGUUUCUGAGUUCAUGUUGGAGACAUCUGAUGACAAUAACACAUGGCGGAUGUAUACAAAUGAACUUGGUAUUGAUGAGGUAUUUAUUGCCAAUUCAAAUGGACAUGAUGUCAAGAAAAAUACCCUCGCAUUUCCCAUAAGGGCACAAUAUAUCAAAUUUCGUCCACAGCGUUGGAGUUCCUCAAUGUCACUGAGGGUAGAAAUUUAUGGAUGUAGUUUUGAAUCUGACGUCGGCUUUUUUGAUGAAAAGACAUACAUUACCUAUGACCUCACCAACUUGCCAAUACCCAUACAUACUGAACAAGAUCUUCUUAGAAUUCAUUUCAGAACCAGUAAACCUGAUGGUGUUCUUUUCUAUACAAAUGGUGACCAAGGAGACUAUCUUGCUAUAGAAUUGAAGAGGGGAUACUUGUAUCUUCAUAUUGAUUUAGGUUCAACACAAAUGAGCCGUGGAGCCUCUACACUAGUGGGAGGAAGCAUGUUAGAUGAUCAUCAGUGGCAUGAUGUAAUCUUACAACGUAAAAAGAAGAAAAUCACAUUAAUAGUUGACCGUUUGGAGACUAUUGAAGAUGCCAAUGGCGAUUUCUUUCGGUUGGACAUUGACAGUAAGCUUUUUGUUGGUGGUUUGCCAACCUUUACUAAGCCUGGCAUUACUGUUCGCCACAAUUUUUAUGGUUGUAUUGAAAAUGUUGUUUUCAACAAUCUGAGACUUAUUCGUGAUGCUAAACAACAGCUGCCAAGAUAUAGUAUUCAUGGUACACCUGCUUAUUCUUGUCAGUUGGCAUCAGUUGUCCCUGUCACAUUUUCAACUGGCACAUCUCACAUAGAAAUUAAUGGAGAAUCAAGUGGUGUUGGAAGUGGAUUUGUACGAGCCAGUUUUGAUUUUAGAACACAUAAUGUUGGAGGCAUGCUUUUUUAUCAUGAAAUGAGUAAUAAGGACAUAGUUGAGGUUAAAUUGAAUUCUGAAGGCCAUAUUGUAUAUAGCAUUUCAAGCGACAAGAUUAUCAUCAAAGACAUUGUGCGAAACAAUGAUGUUGAAAGUCCGACUACCUCUUUUAAUGAUGGUCUCUGGCAUAGUUUUCUCAUAGCAAUUGACUCUAGUAAAGUUAACUGCACUGUGGACCGGAAUUCCAAGGUGUCUGUUAGAGUCUUGGAUGUCAAAGCUGGGGCAGACUACUUUUUAGGUAGUUUUGGUGGAAAACUUGGGUUUAUCGGUUGCAUGAGACAUUUAGAUAUUGGUAACCUACCAGUUGAUGAUGGAAUGCCAAGAGGUUCAAAGCCUGUGGGAAUUACCAUUGGAAACUGUGCUAUUCGAAAUAGAUGUACUCCAAAUCCAUGUGAGAAUGGAGGUAUAUGUAUGCAAGAUUGGAACACAUUCACUUGUGACUGCAGCGCUACUGGUUAUAAAGGGGCAGUUUGCCAUAUUUCUGAACAUUACUUGUCAUGCCAUUACUUCAAGAUACAUUCUCAGAAUGAAAUAUCAAAAAUAAUUAAAGUUGAUCUUGACGGUUCUGGACCUCUGAGACCAUUUACUAUAGACUGCUCAUUGAAAAGUGAAGAUGGUGUGGAUAUUGCCCAGACAUCAGUUGGCCACAACAGUGAGAAUGAAAUAUUGGUAAAUGGCUACAAGGAACCAGGCUCCUAUGUACGGCACGUCCGUUAUGAUACAGGAAUUUUAGAACUUGAAGCAUUAAUUGAACGAGCGACAUCCUGUAAACAGUUAAUUAGGUACAAAUGCAACAAUUCUCUUCUACUGGCUAAUCCAGAGGAUGGUGUACAUGAGACGUAUGGAUGGUGGGUUGGCAGGACUUACCAGCCAAUGUAUUAUUGGGGUAAAGCUGCACCAGGUUCCAGAAAGUGUAACUGUGGGCUUGUUGUCAAUGGCUGUGCUGGUAAAAGUACUACUUGCAACUGUGACUCCAAUUUACCAGAUCAAACAGAUUCUGGAUACCUUGAACACAAAGACUACCUGCCUGUUCUGGAAAUGCAUUUUGGUGACACUGGUACUGUGACUGACAAUAAAUUUGGCAAACAUAAACUUGGAAAACUCAUGUGCAAGGGUGACAACUUAUUUGAUAAUGUGAUAACUUUCCGCAAGGUUGAUGCUAUCAUUAAACUAAACACCUUUGAUGCAAAGAGCUCAGGAGAUAUUUGGUUCCAGUUCAAAACUACUGCCCGAGAUGGUGUCAUGAUUCACUGUGUUGGUUCACUAGACUAUAUCAAGGUUGAGAUUUUUAAUGGUAACACAGUGAAAUUCCAGUUCAAUGCAGGUGAUGGUGAAAGGGUAUUAGAGGCUAAGACAUCAGCUGGAUUGAAUGAUGACCGUUGGCAUACUGUACAUGUUGAGCGAAAUCGUAAACAGGCUUGGCUUAAACUUGACACUCAAGGUGAAAAGGUUUGGAAUGAACCACCUGAACAAGGACCAAGAACAUUAGAUCUUACAUCCGCAUUAAUUGUUGGAGCUGCUGUUGGUUACCAUAGUGGUUUUGUUGGUUGUAUCCGUGGAUUAAUGGUAAAUGGUGCUAUCAUGGAUCUUCGAGGAAUGGUAGCACGUGGAGUAGUAACCUAUGGUGUCUCAGAAGGUUGUGUUGGCAAAUGUAUGAGUAAUCCAUGUUUCAACGGAGGGACAUGCUAUGAAGGUUACUCUCAUUAUACCUGUGAUUGUUCCUAUACUCCUUUCAGAGGCUGGAUGUGUGGAAGAGAGGUCGGUGCCAAUAUGCUACCCAACUAUAUGAUAUCCUACAAAUUUGAUGAAUCACAGGGGCUUUCUGCUUCUGAUUUCAACACAGCAACUAUUGGUUUCUCUACUGCAAAGAAGCAAGGUAUUCUUAUGCAGAUAAGCAAUAAGGAGAAUACUGAAUAUAUAUCAGUUGAAAUUAACAAUCACGGUGGUGUUAAAAUGGCAUUUGAUGUUGGCUUUGGUCGUGAUGAACUGAACACAAAGAACCAAGACAUAGAUUAUACUAAUAAUCAGCAGCAUGUAGUGAGCAUCAAAAUUUCUAACAGAGGGCGGCACAUAAGAAUGCAGGUGGAUAAUUAUGAACCUGCAAUUUUUAAAGCAAAUGUGGGAGACCAAGUUGACUCUAUCCUUGACAAACCAGCUAUCAUGUACAUUGGCAGAAACAAAACAAUGCCACUUGGAAAAGGUUUUGAAGGAUGUAUUUUCCGAAUGCAAGUUCAAAAUAUUUUUCCAUUAAAACGUGCUUUUCAAGAUCCUCGUCCAUCUUACAUAAGUGUAGAACCUGAAGGCGAAAUUCGCGAGGAUAUGUGUGGUUUUGAGGAAAUCACACAAGCUCCAGAUCCUGUUGAAUCACGUCCGUUUGACCCAAGUUUGGUCAAUAUUACCUACCCUAGCACACGAGACAACGGCAUGGCACUAUAUGAAAGAGUUGUGAUAGGAGUGGUUUUAUCUCUGUUUCUAUUGAUCUUGAUAAUUGUAUUGUACAUAAUCUGCUACCAUACAAGACAGAAAGGAGACUAUGAAACUAAAGAAGCUAAAGGUGCUGACAUGGCUGAUAAUCCAGAUAUGGCCAUUAUGUAUAAUCAAGAAGGUUUACCAAUUCCCAAACGGCAAGAGUGGUUUGUUUAAAAUUUCACAAGAUUUCACACCAAUCUGCAUUCGGUUGUGGAACAGUUUAGGAAUAACAGUGAAAUGGGAUUUAACACCGCCUUUCAUCACGUCUUUGAUGUGAUAUAUCAUAUGAAACAGGCAUUUAUACAUUUCAUAGACAUCAUGAAUAUACACUACUCACAUACAAACACAGCUGCUCACAUACACACUUACAUAGGUAUGCAUCUGUAUGCAUGUGUGCACUCAUGCAUAAACAAGCAUACAUGUAUGUUUGAAUAUACAAAUUAUAAGAACUAGAAAUAAUAAAUAUUGUCUUAAUGAAAUCUAACAAAGAAGCCUCCCUCUUCAUGUUCUGCUGAUCUAUUUUAUAUCAGGAACUUGCAAAAUAUCUCCUUUAACAACAGAAGAAAAUGAAAAAAAAGAAAAAAAAGCUAAAGAGAAAAUAUUUUUUUUAGUUCCAAAGUUAAUGCUUAAUUGGUUUAAGAACUAAUCUUUGAGAUUAUCUAAUAAAUUCCCACAUUAUUUUACACUGCCGUGCCAAUUCCAUGAAUUUUUAGUUUUCUUUUCUUAUAAACAAAUUUCUUUUAACAAUUUUGUUAAUCUAUGAGGAAUUCUUUGAUUCUGUCAUAAUAUCUGUAGAUAUGCCUUUUAUUUUAGUGUUUAAUUAGUUAGGAUGAACAAACACCACCAUUGAUGUAAGGUAGUGGCAUUCUAUAAAUAAAUAUUUACAGGAAUAUUUUCAUUUAUAUAUAUAUAUAUAUAUAUAUAUAUAUAUAUAUAUAUAUAUAUAUAUAUAUAUAUAUAUGAAGUGUUUGAAAUGUCACACCUUUUGAAGCUAUUUUAUUAUAAAACAAGUGUGUGUAUGUGUGUAUAAAGUCAAUAUUUUUUUAUUAUUUUAAUGAAUUUUUUUUUUUACAUUAUCUUCUGAUUUUGUAUUAUUUUCCUUAUUUUAAAAGACAAUUUACCCCUCCAAUGUAAAUAUAUUCAUUUCUGCUGGUUUCUCCAUCUACACAUUUUUUUUUUUUUACUUCAACUGAACAAAGUGGAAAGAUCAUAUCACAAUGUUUUGGACUGAAGUUUUCUAAUUCUGCUUCCAAGAUAUUUUUUACUGUAGAUGUAUUCACCUGCAAAUCUGAUCAACAGCAAAGAAAAUGAGCUGUAUUGCAACCUUCUCAAUUAGUUUGAAUUUUGAAAAUAAAUUUUUAUAUUUUAUACAAGAAA